CACUUGUACUGCUGGCAAGAGUGACCAGAAUAAAAACAGCAACAACAGACAAGGAGGAGGGAAAAUAGCAAAGUGAUCCAUUGAAACUGAGGUUUUGCCGACUUUUAAUCCCAUAUUGUUCUCCUUUUUUCCUGGUCGCUACUCAACUUGUGUUAAUUAGGUAGCAGAGAAUAAAACCAUCUCAUCUGGAGAAGGGUGGUGCAUUUGGGAGCGAGAUGGCUAACGGAAAGGUUCAGCUGCUCCUCCAUGGACUCUUCCUCGUAGCAGUGAUUCAGCCCUCUCUGCAAGGAGGCGUGUAUGUACCACCUGGUGCAGGGAUAGGAGCUGGACCAGGAACUGGAUUCUUUCCAGGGUCUACAGGAGGAGUGCCCGCUGGCUAUAAACCCGCUAAAGCAGCAGGAGGCUAUGGAGCUGGAGGGCAAGGUGGCGGCCCAGGAGGUCUAGUGCCAGGAGCCGUUGGCCAGGCUGGCUUUGGCAUUGGAGGACUAGGAGCAGGACAAGGAGGGAAAGCCCCCAUACCAGGUUAUGGCAAUCUAGGAGCCGGGGGUCUUGGAGGUGGAGGUUAUGGUGCUGGAGGCAUAGGUGGCGGUGGUUAUGGAGGGUAUGGUGGUGUCCCAGGCGGAAUCUUCCCAGGGGCUGGACAGAAGGCUAGUAAAAGAGGUGCUGGAGGCCAUUUGCUACCAUUUGGAGGAGCUGGAACUGGAACUCUUCCUGCUGGAGGCCCUGUUAUUCCACAAAUAGGCUUGCCAGGAGGGGCUGGUGCUGGAUCAGGAAAGAAAGCUUCCAAAGUACCAGGUGUGGGUGUGCCAGGACUUUAUCAAGGCGGUUUAGUACCAGUGAAUGGUUUCGGUAACCGUGGAGUUCUUCCAGGAGUUGCCACUGGCAAUGGCCUCAGUCAAAAGUCACUUGGUGCCGGGGGACAGGGUGGUGCGGGACCAGGGUACGGUGGAGUGAUGCAACCUGGAGUGUUCCAUGGCUAUCCUCUGAAAUCACCCACAACUCAAGGUGGCCAAGGAGCAAAACCUGGAGGUGGAAAACUUCCCUUUGGGUACGGGGGGUUUGGUAAUCAAGGAGCUGGACUUCCAGGGGGUAAAGGUGGCCCUGGGCCAAAGCCAGGAUUUCCUAUUGGAACUGGAGUGGGCACUGGUGGAAUUUCACCUGCACAGGCUAAAUCUGCCAAAUAUGGUUUAGGUGGCGCUGGUGGACUUGGUGCUGUCGCUGGUGGUGCUGGCGGUUUUGGCCCUGGUGCAGUUGGUUUUGGUGGUGUCGGUGGCACAGGUGGACUAUAUCAAGGGCUGACACCAGGAGCAGGCUAUGGACCUGGUUCAAAAGCUGCGAAGUAUGGUGGACUGCCAGGUGGUGUUCCUGGCGGCGUGCCAGGUGGCGUACCGGGCGGUGUUCCUGGUGGUGUUCCUGGUGGUGUUCCUGGUCGUGUUCCAAGUGGUGGAUAUAUACCAUCUUCCAAAGCAGCAAAAUAUGGUGGCGUACCAGGAGGCGUACCAGGAGGCGUACCGGGAGGCGUACCAGGAGGCGUACCGGGAGGCAUACCAGGUGUUGUACCGGGGGGUGUACCGGGUGGUGUUCCUGGUGGUGUUCCGGGUCGUGUGCCAGGUGGUGGAUAUUUACCAUCUGCCAAAGCAGCUAAAUAUGGUGGCAUACCCGGAGGCGUACCCGGAGGCGUACCCGGAGGCGUACCAGGUGGCGUACCAGGUGGCAUACCAGGUGGUGUACCAGGCGGCGUUCCUGGUGGAGUACCUGGUGGCGUUCCUGGGGGUGUUCCAGGCGGUGGAUAUUUACCGUCUGCCAAAGCAGCUAAAUAUGGUGGCAUACCCGGAGGCGUACCCGGAGGCGUACCAGGUGGCGUACCAGGUGGUGUACCAGGCGGCGUUCCUGGUGGAGUACCUGGUGGCGUUCCUGGGGGUGUUCCAGGUGGUGGAUACUUACCGUCUGCCAAAGCAGCUAAAUAUGGUGGCAUACCCGGAGGCAUACCCGGAGGCGUACCAGGUGGCGUACCAGGUGGCGUACCAGGUGGCGUACCAGGUGGCGUACCAGGCGGCGUUCCUGGUGGUGUACCUGGUGGUGUUCCUGGGGGUGUUCCAGGUGGUGGAUAUUUACCAUCCGCCAAACCUGCUAAAUAUGGUGGCGUUCCUGUAAGCGGAGUUCCUGGUGGUGUUCCUGGUGGUAUACCUGGUGGCGUUCCUGGUGGCGUUCCAGGAGGUGGAUAUUUACCCUCUGCCAAAGCAGCAAAAUAUGGCGGUGUACCGGGAGGAUUACCAGGCGCUGUUCCAGGUGGUGUUCCUGGUGGCGUACCAGGUGGUGUUCCUGGUGGUGUCCCAGGUGGUGGAUAUUUACCAUCCGCUAAGGCAGCUAAAUAUGGUGGUGUGCCAGGAGGUGUAGCAGGGGGCUUACCAGGGGGUGUACCAGGAGGUGUACCAGGCGGUGUACCAGGAUUUGGUGGGUAUCAACCUGCUGCCAAAGCAGCUAAAUAUGGUGGUGUGCCAGGUGGUGUGCCAGGUGGUGUACAACGAAGUGGUGGAUAUUCACCAGCAGCCAAAGCAGCUAAAUAUGGUGGUGUCCCUGGGGGUUUACCUGGGCUUUUGCCAGGUGGGGUACCAGGUGGUGUCCCAGGAUUUGGUGGAGUACCAGGUGGGGUACCAGGGGGUGUGCCUGGUGGUGUACCAGGAUUUGGUGGAUAUCAACAAGGAGCUAAGGCAGCUAAAUAUGGCAGCAUACCAGGUAGCGUACCAGGUGGUGUACCGGGUGGUGUACCGGGUGGUGUACCGGUUGGUGUACCGGGUGGCAUUCCUGGUGGCAUUCCAGGUGGAGGAAAUUUACCAACAGGCAAAGCAGCUAAAUACGGUGGUGUGCCAGGUGGCGUACCUGGGGGUGUUCCAGGUGGCAUUCCUGGUGGUGUUCCAGGUGGCAUACCAGGUGGUGUGCCAGGAGGAGUGCCAGGAGGGGCACCGUUUGCAGUACCAGGGGGAGUGCUGAGAUUUCCAGGGAUUGCAUAUUCACCAGCAUCCAAAGCAGCAAAAUAUGGAGCCAGACCAGGGUUAGGAGGCACAGGACUAGGAGGACCAGGUACAGGAUUAGGUGGAGUAUCAGGUUUAGUCCCAGGAGGAGUUGGAGGUGGACAAUAUUCUGCUGCAGCAAAAGCUGCUAAAUAUGGAGGAGCAGGAGCAGGGUUGGGCACAGGAGGACUGGGAGGAGCAGGAACGGGAGUAGGCGGAGUACCUGGUUUAGUACCAGGGGGAGUUGGAGGUGGGCAAUACUCUGCUGCUGCAAAAGCUGCCAAAUAUGGAGGAGCAGGAGCAGGGUUGGGGGCAGGUGGCCUGGGCGGAACAGUAGGAGGCGUGCCUGGUUUGGUACCAGGAGGAGUUGGUGGUGGACAAUAUCCUGCUGCCGCAGCAAAGGCUGCUAAAUAUGGUGGAGCGGGAGCAGGGCUAGGAGCGGGUGGUCUGGGAGGAGUGGGAACAGGAGUGGGAGGAGUACCUGGUUUGGUACCAGGGGGUGGACAGUACUCUCCUGCUGCAAAGGCUGCAAAAUAUGGAGGCGCGGGAGCAGGGUUAGGCACAGGAGGACUGGGAGGAACAGGUGGACAAGUACCUGGUUUUGUACCAGGGAUUGGAGGUGGACGAUACUCUCCUGCUGCAAAAGCGGCUAAAUAUGGUGGAGCAGGAACUGGAUUAGGAACAGGAGGACCAGGAGGUACAGGUGGGCAAAUUUCUGGUUUUGUACCCGGAGGAGUUGGAGGUGGUCAAUAUCCUGGUGCUGCUGCAAAAGCUGCUAAAUACGGAGUAACAGGAUUAGGAACGGGAGGCCCGAGCGGAACAGGGGGACUCGGAGGAACAGGAGUGGGAGGUGUGUCUGGUUUGGGACAGGCAGGAGGACAAUAUCCUGGUGCUGCUGCAAAAGCUGCCAAAUAUGGAGGAGCAGGUGCUGGAGUAGGAACAGGUGGACUGGGAGGAACAGGUGGUCAAGUACCUGGUUUUCUUCCAGGAGGAGUUGGAGGCGGUCAAUAUUCUGCUGCUGCAAAAGCAGCUAAAUAUGGAGGAGCAGGAGCAGGCUUAGGAACGGGAGGAGUUGGGGGAGCAGGAGGACUUGGAGGAACAGGAGGACAAUACCCUGCAGCUGCUGGUGCUGCUGCCGGUGCAAAAGCUGCCAAAUAUGGUAACGUUUCUGGAGCAGGUGUUGGCGCAACACCAAAUCCCGCCGUUCCCGAUGGUUCUGCUUUGGCUGUGCCUGGUGGCACCGGCGUUCCCACUGCUGGAAAACCACCAAAAGAUGUGAGUCCGUCUGGAACUCCUGGUCCAGGGCCAACACCAAUUGCCUCAAAUGGCACGGGCACAGAGCUCCCGCAGCCCACUGGUACAAAAGGUGAAAUUCCAACUGGUGUUGGUGUUGGUGAGGGCCCAGCAGGCAAAGCACCAAAACCAAUCCCACAAGGUGCUGGAACAGGUGUCGGUCCAAGCGGAGUUGGUUACCCUUAUGGAGUUCCUUAUGGACCUGGAACAGGUAUUGGAACUGGAACAGGACCUGCGCUGCCUGGUGCAAAGCCCUUGAAACCUCCCUACGUAGGAGGAGCAGGAGGUGGAGCAGGAAUUCCACUGGCAGCAGGAGGCUAUCCAGCGGGAUACAAUCCAUAUCAACGUGGGUAUGGACAGGGUGGUUUCCCAUACCCCUCAGCAGUUGGACUGGGUGGUGCUGGGGGAGGAGCUAAAGCACCAAAACCAGGUUAUGGAAAUCUUGGAGGUGGUGGAGGAUAUCAACCGCAGCCAGGUGGAUACGUCCCAGCCCCUUUGACACCUCAACAAGCCAAAGCAGCCAAGUAUAUUGGGAAUCCAUUGCAAGGCUUUCUGGGUGGUGCAGGAGGGGGAGGCGCCUACCGAGGUGGUGCCGCAGCAGCAUGCCAGGGCAAAUACUGCGGCAGGAAGAAGUAGAUCCUCCUGAGGUGUGAGAGGGCCUGAAAAAAUCCAUGGUGCUACUGCAUGAACUAGAAUGUACAUUUUAGAACACAACUAUUCAAUGUUGUUUUUACGUACUUGAUUUCAACGUCCGCUUCUGUGCAAACCCACCGACCAAGAGUUUUGUAUUUUUUUUUUCCUCAUGUGUCAUUUAUUACUGACAGUGCCUUUUUACAUGAAUGUGUGAAAGUCAAUUGGUUUUAAUGCCCCUGAGUAAUUCUAGUUGAUAUAUAUGUGUCGUCCCAUGUUGCUCAUUCCUACGCAUACAAAUGUCUUCUUUAUGUGGAGUGGACAUAUGGUGACACGGCGAAAGACUGCAUGAAAACGUUGUCUGCCAAUGCAACCCUUGAGCAGGACCCUGAAGCGCAUGCUUUGCAGUCUUAAAAAAACACAGGGGCUGAAAUUCUGCAGCACACCACCUCUCUGACCCGUGAGAAGGCUGCUUUCUGUGGCCGACUCUCUGCAUCAUCUUGGGCCCUCCUUCCUUGCUGCUACUUUUAGUCCCAUUGGGUAUAAAGUAGUGGGAAACGGGAUUUCUGCCAACUCAUCUGUUCUCAACCUUUUUUUGCUGAUUCUAUUUGCCCAAGAACCUCCAAUUUCGACAAGUGCCUUUUGAAGAUCAGUCUGUAAAAGAAUGUUGCCUUUUCUACUUUCAUUCCUCUAGUGUAUUUCUGAAAAGUUUGCAUUUUUGCGCAUUCGCUUAGUGAUGCUUUUUUCCUCAAGCAUCAUUUCAGGAGUUAUUUUCAUUCAUGUCAUAGGGUCAUCAAGCUUAUGCUAUUGUUAUUAUAAAUGUGUGAACAUGCAGUAAGACCUUGCCAUUGCAUUUACUAUUCAUGAAUUGUAGUACAGAAUAACAUUUUUAUUUAAUGGGUUCAUCCAACCCCCAUUGUUCAUUUACUUGAGCUGUUUAUUUGAAGAAAAAAAAAAGAGGAAAAAGCCUAACUGACCAAAGGUUCAUGGGUGCUGUUGCCAUGUGACCCCAUUUUCCAUAAUUGUGUACUGUAUUUUGUACUAAUAUGAAGGUUGCUGGCGUUUGUUCGUCCACUCCGAGCUGUGUGAGAACUGUCUUUGAGCCUCGCUGGGUCAGACAAGUGCCGUGGGAUACACUUCAUCUUUAUUUAAAACUAUUUCUAUAAGGAGGAACAUUGUGGUUUUGCACUUUUUUGUAUGUCUCCACCCACACAUGCACACUCUCACAUGACUUGAUAUAUCCUGCCAUUGUAUUUGCUUUAUUGAAAAACAAAAUAAA